AUUCGGAAACGGAAAUGUUAAGUUAUCAUCCAUCUCGUGAAAUAGACAGUGAUAGUACUUCAUAAAAUAUGUCAGAAAACGGCCCAGGAAAAAUAAGAAGAGACAAGGCCAGGACAAUAGGAAAGCCUUACUCUUCUGAAAAGGUACUAAAUAAUCAGUUAAAAAUUUAUCAAUAAUUCGACAUUAGUUACGCGCACAUGUUGAUCCGCCAUUUUUUCUGCUUUAUUUUAAAUCUUAAUUGAAAUUUCGUCGUUCAUCCAAUGGUUUAACUAUGACUUGUAUAUGCAGUGUUAAUCUAAUUUAGAAAAUAACUUCCAGGUUUUCUAUAUUUUUUGUAUAUUGGAUGUUUAAGCUUAGUUAUAGAUCAUCAUUGAUGAAUUGUAUACUACACAUAGAAACGUCCUUUUAUAUUUUACAUUCGCAGUGAAACCAAAUAAUUUAAUGCAUAUUCCAGAGUCUAAUUGGAAGGGUGAAAGAUCGUGUAAAAAACAUGUUCUCUUCGAGUAUAUGGGGACAAGGUCAGGAUAUUUUAAAACCAUCGUUCCUUGGCGCUCUCAAUACUAAUUCACAAGGAUCUAGCGAUUCUGUAGAGAGAAAGUCCGAUGACCACAUUGUUAUCAGUGAUUCCAUUCCGACUGCUUCGGAGAUAUCUCUGCCAUUAAAAUCUAAUAAUGUACUAUCAAUGGCAUCAGUUUCCUCUCAAGCUCAGAAUAUUGCAGCAACGCCAAUUUUUCCUCGAGAAGCUGUUUCGGUAUUUCCAAGAAAGCUGAAUUCUAUCUCACCUCUGGAUAAUUUGCGAGCAGUUGAUAACAACAAGAGAAGCUUCGAUCCACAAUCGACGCUUCAAUUGACGAAACCUCAGCUUAACUCGUCAUUGUUCUCUGAAGGUGCAGGAAAGCAAGCUGAUUUGGCUCCAAAGUCACCUUUUUAUCCCGGAAAUACAACGUUUGGAGGUGCAAGCUCCGUUAUCGGUUCGUAUUAUCCUGCACCAUAUUCGAAAACUCCUAUUCGGCGGAAAGUACAAGCGAAGCAUAUGUCAUCUGUUGCAAAGAAUAACUCGAAAAGCUUAGUUACAAGUUCGACUGCAAAAAGAAUAUUAGAGACACUGGAAAAUAUGUCCAGCCCGGUGACUAAUGCUAAGAAAAUCCCCGUAUACAAUGACCCUGGUAGCUUGACUUUCACGCCGGCUGCCUACAGUCGCAGAGCCAGAUCAAGAUACAGUUUAGAUAACGGUCCGCCUGUAUCAAGUAGAAUUUCAUCCAAGUUAAAUACGACAACUGAUGGCACGUUAUCCAUUGAUAAUUUGAGUGAUAAACCUAUGACAUCGAAUAAAGUUUUAUCCUCUGAACAUACAACAUUGACAACAAAGCCCUUUUCUAUGGAUGAGUCUGCUUUAAAAAAUAUUGAUAAAACGGAAACAAUUGUUCAAGAGCCACCCUCAAAUAGCCUCAAGAUGAAAACAAAAAUAUCCGCACACGCUCAUUAUUCUGCUAAACCUGCAGAUAGCAAUCCAGACUAUAGCUUAUCAACUGCAGUUACAUUGGAUAUUAAAGCAUUACCAAAAUUUGAUUUUAAGAAUUCAACUGCUCCUUUAUCCGAAGCUGAACAGCAGCCCAAAAGGAAACAAGACGAAAGCUCGGGUAAUGAUACAGACAGUAAAAAACCAAAAAUCUUACCUGAAGUUUGUGAACAAAAACCGGUACCUUCAUUUGAGUCUAUAUUUAAAGACUGUCAAAAAACAACUGUUGUUAAGAAACCAUUACCUACUCCUGAACCAAGUGCAACAAAGGAUAAUACAAAGUUUUCUUUUGCUCCUGGAGUAAAACCAUCAAAUUCUUUAACUAAUGCUGUUGAUGUGUCUCUGAAAGAAGUAGGUGAUUUCCAGUUUAAUCGUGGAAUAAGUCCGAUUAGAGCAUCACUAAGCUCCAGUCUUCGGAUCCGUUCGGUUACGAAAAGAAAAAGUGAUGACGCAAAUGAAAAAAGCACACACAGCAGUGACAAUUUAUCAAAUUCAUCUAACAUUAAAUCUCCUUAUAUAACAUCGAUUGAAUAUAUUGUAUCUGAGGUACCCUCAAAACCCGUAAGUUCUCCGUCUGUUUUACCUUCCAAAAAGAGUGAAAGUACCUUAGAGUCACACCAGUCGCUCUCAGUUCCAACAGGCAAAACACAAACUAGCUCUAUUAAUUUUGGCUCCAAAGAAUCAUCUAACACUGAAAAAAGCUCACUGAAUAAGGAUACCGAAACUUCCUGCAAUACCUCUAUAUUUUCGAAAGACAGUAAUGCAUCUAGUACAGAACCUGUUCCUCUGUCAGCUUUAUUUAAGAAGAAAGAGAACACUUGGAACUGCUCUGUUUGUAUGGUGAAUAAUCAGGAUGAUUUGUUGAAUUGUGCGUCAUGUAGUGAACCUAAACCAGGAACAAGCAAGGAAUCGUCUGGUUUUAAUCCAAACACAUCCAUUAAAUUUUCUUCCUUUUUACAAUCUGAUGAUAAAAAAGUAUCUAAAACAGACGAAAAAACACCCUCAGUGGUCGUUAAUCAAGCUGGGGGUUUCAAAAUAGCCCCAUUCAAACCCGAAGAAAAGAAAGAGAAGUCUGUAGAAGAGAGAAGUGAAGAAACAUCUAAAGAGAAGCCAACAGAAGAAAAACCUUCAAAUACCCCCGCUGCAGACACCUCUUUAGCAACCUUAUUUAAAAAAACUGACGUUUGGAGGUGUCCCAGUUGUGACAUUGAAAAUAAAAAUGACGUUACAAGCUGUGUUUGUUGUGGUGAUUCUAAGCCGGGAUCUAAAAAUACUGACUCGAAUUUGAAGAGUGAUUCAGGGUUAAAAUUUUCAUUUCUUGAAUCAUCAAAUAAGACUGAUAACUCAAAUACACCCGCUAAAUCUGCUUCUACACUGGUAUUGAACGAAACUGGUGGUUUUAAAUUUUCCGCUUCAUUGCCAUCUACUGAAUCCUCAUCAUUGGAAACAAGCAAAAAACCAGAGGCUCCUGCAUCAAAUGCCAUCUCAACUGCGUUUGGUGAAUCAUCGGCAAAGAAAUCUUCAAGCCCAUUUGUUUUUGGUCAAACAUCGACAGCCACUGCAACACCACCGACCUUUGUAUUUGGUCAACAAUCAACUAAGCCAUCAGAGUCGUCUGGUAUAGCCUUCGGCCAACCAAUCACUUCUGUGUCAACAUCAGCUUUUGGUCAGCCCUCAUCCGCUACUACUUCCUCUUCUGUACCGUUUCUACAAUCACCAAUUUCAGCUGCAAGUUCCUCAACCUUUCAGUUUAAUGUUGGUGGUUUGAAAUCAACUAGUAGUUCCAGCCCAGCCUUAGCUACAAUUUCAGCUACGUCCUCAGCUCCAAAGGUUACUUCAACUUUUUCUUUUGGAAAACCUCCAGCAGCCUCAACAAGUGAGUCCGAAAUAAGUGGAGGAAAAAAAGUCGAUUUAUUUCAAUUCACAGGUUCUGGAGAUUCGUCAACUAAAAGUACAUCUGGAUUUACAUUUGGAAAGAGCCCAGCACCUGUAAAUAGCUCAAGUACAACAAAGAGCGAGCCUUUUCAAUUUAACACAUUACCAACAAGUUCGCUGUCUUCAGGCCCAUCAUUUACUCCUCCCACCUUUGGUACUCCCAAAGCAGGAGGAUUUGAAGCCCCAAAAUCAACAACUGCAAGCGUUUCAGCAUCUGCUCCAUUUACAUUUGGACAAACAACAUCAUUUGGUUCUGAUUCAAAUAAAUUUGGAGGUUUUAAUAAAGGAGCCACCACUUCGGCGUCAUCGAACAGUUUUACAUUCGGCUCACCAGCGACUUCCGCCUCAACAUUUGGCGGUAGUAAUAAUCCACCUGCGAAUCAGUUUAACUUUGGCGCGCAACAACCUUUAAAUCAAAAUAAUGGAGGGGCAGGAGUUUUCCAAUUUUCAGCUCAAACAAACAACGUUAAUGGAGUGCAACAACCGUCGGCACCUAGCAACAAUCAAGGUUUCAACUUCCAAGCAGCCCCUUCUACCCCGAGUUUUAACUUUGGACAACAAGCUCCUCAAAAUACAUCAAACUUUCAAUUUUCUGGCAACGCCCCGCCAUCAAAUAAUAAUAUGAAUAAUUUACCUUCGACACUGAAUCCGUUUAGUGCAAGUCCCUCAGUUGGUGGAAAACGACAAAUUAAGAAAGCAACGAGAAAAUUACCGAGAAAAUAA